CUCCCAUAUGCUUAGGUGGGCUUGAUUUUCUCUAGAAAUGCGUCAGAUAAGAAAUCUCCCUUACUCCCGUCGCAGAAAAACAACAACCGGAAAUGUCUGUGCUGAGUCUGCUGACUGGGGGUUCUUUUCUUUUUGUGUUUCUUCUCGUUGCCAACAAUAUUGAUUGUGGGAAAGGGUAUCCUUCCUCCGUGGAUCCUAAUGUCCAGCAGCAGAAACUGGAUGCAAUAUCGGACUUGCCAGGUCUGGGCUUUAAUGUCAGCUUUGCUCAUUAUUCUGGGUAUGUGACUGUGAACGAGGAGUCUGGCAGAUCUCUCUUUUACUGGUUCUUUGAGUCUGUCGAGGAUCCUUCUUCCAAACCUCUUGUUCUUUGGCUCAAUGGAGGGCCUGGAUGUUCAUCCAUUGCUUUUGGGUUGGCCGAGGAAGUUGGGCCUUUUCAUGUUGAGAAAGAUGGGAAGACUCUAUAUUGGAAUCCUUACUCUUGGAAUUUAGUCGCAAAUCUGUUGUUUGUUGAUUCUCCUGUUGGGGUUGGUUAUUCGUAUUCAAAUACUUCGUCUGAUAAUCUUAGUAAUGGUGAUAAAAGGACAGCUGCAGAUUCCCUUGAGUUCUUGCUGAAAUGGUUUGAACGGUUUCCACAAUAUAAAGGAAGAGAGUUUUAUCUCACAGGAGAGAGCUACGCCGGGCAUUAUGUUCCUCAGCUAGGUCAGGCCAUUGUCAAGCACAAUACCAAUGUAAAGGACAAUGUGAUCAACUUAAAAGGUUUCAUGGUGGGAAAUGCUUUGACUGACGACUACCAUGACCACUUGGGUCUUUUCCAAUUUAUGUGGGCUUCUGGUAUGAUUUCUGAUCAAACAUUCAAGCAAGCAAACCUUUUGUGUGACUUCCAAUCGUUUGUCCGCCCCUCAGAGGAAUGUGAAAAGAUUUUAGAUAUUGCUAGCGAAGAAUAUGGAAAUAUUGAUGUCUACAGCAUAUUUACCCCAACAUGUACAUCAAAUUUAAAUGUAACGAGCGGGGUAUUAAAAAAGAGUGAUAAGUUAGGUCUCCUAAGAAGAAGCUAUGAUCCUUGCACAGAGAAACACUCAACUAUCUACUUCAAUCUUCCUGAAGUUCAGAAGGCUCUUCAUGUUCAUACUAGAGAUUCAUCAUUUAAAUGGGUUACCUGCAGUGAUGAGGUAUAUGAUUCCUGGAAGGAUUCUCCUAGGACUGUGUUGGACAUCUAUCGUGAACUUUUAAGUUCAGGACUUCGCAUUUGGGUAUUCAGUGGUGAUACAGAUGCUGUAAUCCCUGUCACAUCAACACGUUAUAGUCUGGAUGCUCUCAAACUUCCCACGGUUGGCUCUUGGCGUGCUUGGUAUGAUAACGGACAGGUUGGGGGAUGGACACAAGAAUAUGAAGGGUUGACAUUCGUCGCUGUAAGAGGAGCAGGCCAUGAAGUUUCUCUACACAGACCCAAACUUGCCCUCACUCUCCUGGAGUCUU